AUGAACUAUUUAAGAGAAGGCAGGGUUAAUUUAAUAUCAACGUUAAUCAAGAGGGGAAAUUAUCAAUAUAGAAUCAUGGCACAACAACAAUCGAUUGCACGUUUCUUUGGUGGAACUGCUUCUUUAGAUGCUAAGAGAAAGAAAACAUCGAGUCCACCAUCUACACAAAAGGAAUCCACUACAACACCAAAGAACUUAAAAAGUUCUGAUCCGAUUACAUCGCCUGAUUCAUCGCCAAAAUUGAAGAAACAAAAGUUGAACGGUGAAGAGAACAAGGAUGAUGCUGACAGCAAAAGUGAGUCGAAUUCUGAUUCUGAAUUAAACAACAAGCACGCUUCAGAGACAGAGGCAAAGAAACUAAUUGAACUAAGUGAAUUUCAGCAAAAACAGAACAAACAAGACAGGCACACAUUAUCAUCACUGAAAAUUCCUUAUUCAUCAUUAACUGAUAUAAUGGAAAAGAUUGAGUCGGAAUCAUCACGAUUGAAAAUCACGGCAAUUAUAUCACAAUACUUUCUCGAAAUUCUCCAAUCACAAAAUGAGGUGUCAAAAUUAGUCAAAAUUGUUUAUUUAUUCAUCAAUAGAUUAGGUCCUGAUUACGAACCUGAUUUGGAACUUGGCUUAGGUGAAACAUUAUUGGUGAAAGCUAUAAGUGAAGGAUACGGACGUACACCCGCUAAAAUCAGACAAGAUUUAAAAGAGUAUGGAGAUUUAGGAAUUGUUGCUCAGAAAUCACGGAGUGGACAACGAACAAUGUUUAAACCAACUAGUCUAGAUGUUGAUACAGUAUUUGAUAAUUUGACAAAGAUUGCCAAAUCCACGGGAAAAGACUCCCAAUCAAAGAAAAUUGGAAUUAUUAAUAAAAUGUUAACUGCUUGUGAUGUUAAACAUAGUGAAGCGAAAUUUCUAAUACGUUCAUUGGAGAACAAAUUAAGAAUUGGAUUAGCUGGGCCCACGAUACUAGUUGGAUUAGCCCAAGCAUUUGUAAAUUAUGAAAAUCUGAAGCAAGAGAAACCAAAGAGGGUGAGUCCCGAGAAGUUAGCUGAAGCUGAGGAUAUCGUCAAGGAAGCAUACACAAGAAUUCCCAAUUAUCAAAUCUUGAUUGAAAAUGCAUACAAAUAUGGUGUAUUCAACUUGUUGGACCAUUGCAAAUUGACACCUGGUAUUCCCUUGAAACCAAUGUUGGCCAAACCCACUAAAUCAAUGAGUGAAGUAUUGGAUCGUUUCCAAGAUGAAAAAUUCACUUGUGAAUAUAAAUAUGAUGGAGAACGAGCUCAAAUUCAUUUGUUGCCUAAUGGCGAUGUACGUAUUUACUCGAGAAAUUCAGAGGAUAUGUCACAACGGUAUCCCGAUUUGAUUUCUAUUAUAAGAGAAUUUAGUAAAGCUCAAGAACACACUUCAUUGAUUUUGGAUUGCGAGGCUGUUGCAUGGGAUAGAAUCAACAAGAAAAUUUUACCAUUUCAAGUACUUUCGACGAGGAAAAGAAAAGAUGUUAACGAGCUAGACAUCACUGUCCACAUUUGCCUUUUUGCGUUUGAUUUGCUUUACUACAAUAAUGAAUCUUUGUUAACUAAGUCGUUACUGGAAAGAAGAUCAAUCAUGUUUACUCAUCUUCAUCCCUUAGAAGGCAAAUUUCAAUUUGCCACAUCAAAGGAUUCAACUUCAUUAGAAGUCCUUCAACAAUUCCUUGAUCAAAGUGUCCAUGAUUCAUGUGAAGGUCUAAUGGUGAAGAUGCUUGAAGGUUCCGAAUCGUACUACGAGCCAUCGAAGAGAUCACGUAAUUGGUUGAAAUUGAAAAAGGAUUAUUUAGCUGGAGUGGGCGAUUCAUUGGAUCUUGUUGUCAUUGGUGCAUAUAAUGGAAAGGGGAAACGUACAGGAACUUAUGGUGGGUUCUUACUUGCUACAUAUAAUCAAGAUACUGGAGAUUUAGAAACUACAUGUAAGAUCGGUACUGGGUUCAGUGAUGAAAUGUUGACACAAUUGUAUCAGAAAUUGCACCCACUGGAGAUCCCUAGACCAAAGGAGUAUUUUGUAUAUGACAAGACAAACUCCAAUGCAGUGCCUGAUGUGUGGUUUGAGCCAACAAUGUUGUUUGAGGUAUUGACGGCCGAUUUAUCCUUGAGUCCGAUAUACAAAGCAGCUCAUAAUGAAUAUGGAAAGGGAAUCAGUUUGAGGUUCCCUCGGUUCUUACGAAUUAGAGAUGAUAAAGCGAUUGAAGAUGCUACCAGUUCAACCGACGUUGCUGAGUUCUACGAACGUCAAGCACAUGUACAAAAUAUUUAA